CAAUUCUCUCUCUCUCUCUCUCUCUCUCUUUCUCCCUCUUGCCACUUCGAUCGUUCGCUCUUCGCGUCAUUGCGCGAUUUUCGACUUGCGCCGGCGGGGUAAUACGAUACAAAUGCGAGCUGCAUUUCGAAAAUAUCGCGUCGAAUUUCCCCGGAACGACGAGCCGUCCGGCGACUUUCGACAGCGUAAACAACGAGAUCGUUAUUUUUCGCGGUAAUCCGAGCCCACGGUAUUAAAUAUUACGCUCUUUCGGCAUCCAUUCGCCCUUGUAAAAUCGAUGCUCACUGAGCAGACCCGCGUGACCUUCGCCGCGGGUCACAGAUAUAACUCCGUGCAAGUGCGACAGCAGAAUAUUUCAUAUCAUCGUUUGUGUGUGCGCCGCUUUGCAACAUCACGUACGUGUUAAACCGUUGCGCGUGGUGGCAACCAAUGACGAAUUGUAAGUCGUUCGCAACCAUGGCCAUGCUGCUCAUCCUGUGCCUUGCGACGUUGGUAGCCUCUGCCUGGUCCUUCGAGUCGAGGAUAAUCGGCGGCAAGUCUACCACCAUCGAUAACUACCCGUAUCAGGUAUCCAUUCAUUACGACGGCAAGCUUCUGUGCGGAGGCUCGAUCAUCAGCAACCUAUGGAUCCUGACGGCGGCACACUGCGUCUAUGGGAGGAGACGGGCAUCCUUCAAGAUCCGAGUGGGCAGCACGUACCUGGAUAAGGAAGGUACUGUGUUCACAGACAUCAGCACUAUUUACUACCAUGAGUUGUAUGACGAGGAUAUGUACAAUUACGACGUGGCCCUGAUGAAACUGCCUACUCCCCUGAAACUGAGCUCGCGUGUGAAAAGUAUCGGCCUAGCGACGCCAUCGACGGCCGUUAAGCCCGGCGACAAGGCAGUUGUCACAGGAUGGGGCGAGCUGUCGGCUGGCGGCUCGAGCUCGGAGGUGCUGCAAGUGCUCGCGAUGCCGGUCAUCGAUCAGGAGGUCUGCAAAAAGAUCUACGCUCGUUACGGGAUUGUGACGCCGGCCAUGCUCUGCGCCGGCUACAUCAGCGGCGGCAAGGAUACCUGUCACGGAGACUCCGGCGGUCCGCUCGUCUACAACGGUGUCCAAAUUGGGAUCGUGUCCUGGGGCGCUCAGUGUGGAAGUGUCGGAUUUCCCGGAGUGUACACCCGAGUAUCAGCCAUACGGGAUUGGAUAACCAAGCGGGCGAACGUUCUGUUCCUGUUUUGCUCCGCGCUCCUGCGGGGCGUCCUGUCGCGAGGUCAACAACGCAUCGGUAUAUUACACGACGAAGGGCGCAUUGUCGGCGGCCGGGAGACCAGCAUCGAGGAACACCCGUACCAAGUGUCCCUGCGACACGGCGAUCGGCACGCCUGCGGCGGCGCCAUCAUUAGCGAGGAUUGGAUCAUCACCGCGGCUCACUGCGUGCGAUACGCUGGGCGAUAUCCCGCGAUAAAAGCGGGCACGUCCGAUCUCGACGAGGAAGGCACGCUGGCGCGGGCGAGGCGAGUUAUUGUUCACGAGAACUACAGCCGGCGGAACGGCGAUUAUGACAUCGCCGUAAUAAAGCUGGAGGAGCCGCUCGCUUACAGCAGCCGAAUAAAAGCGAUUCCGCUGGCGUCGAUGGCCGAUGAUCAUUAUGCCAGGCACAGCAUGGCGGUGGUUACCGGCUGGGGAGCGUUAAGAAGCAACGGCGUGUCGACCAAUCAGUUACGCAAAGUGGAAGUGCCGCUCGUUUCGGAUGCAGAGUGCUCGAGUUUAUACCAACACCGCAAGAUCACCCCGAGGAUGCUGUGCGCGGGUUACACGAGCGUCGGCGGGAAAGACGCCUGCCAGGGCGAUAGCGGCGGUCCACUGGUGCAGGACGGCCGUCUGAUAGGAAUAGUGUCCUGGGGAUUCGGCUGCGCGCAUCCCGCCUAUCCCGGGGUGUACACGCGUAUAGCGGCUCUUCGGGACUGGAUAGAGGAGAAAACCGGCGUGUGAACGAGUGCCAAUCGCGCUCGAUCUCUCCCAGCUGUGCGUCGGACACAGAGGUUGCGCCUUUUCGCGAGUAUCGCGCGGCUUUAUCGGGGAAGAGCGACGUCACGAGUAAUCAGUUUCAUCGUUCUCCCUCAUUUCUUCCGUUACGAAUCGUCUCACUCUGCGUUUUAACCGCAUCUAAUAAUAAAGGUAAUGCACGCACGCAAAAAUCCAUUAUUUCGUUUGCAUUAUUUCGCAGCCACAAAACCAUCGGUGGCUCGCCGAUGUCGAGUACCUGUACUUACUUACUGUCCGCACCUUAUUUCAUACUCAAGAACUAUUGACUCAGACAGCCGAGCGGCGACCCGUGAAUGCAGAUCUGUAAUUAAUGCUCUCUGUAUCUGUAAUGCUCUCGAUCAAAGGUCGUGAAUAAUUGACGUCUAUCUAUUGAUGUCUAUCCGGUAU